AUAGAAAGAUAACAGAACUGUUUCUCUUUCUAUUAAUUUAUGAAAAGAAAUAUGUGCCAAAAGUGGAAUCAGCCCUGAGUAUCACAAUUGAACACAACUAGAAGUGAUUAGGUGCGGAAAAACAUGGCUUUUGAUACUUUUACGGUGUUCUGCAAACUGGGAUAAUUUUUGGUCAGGAAAAGUUGAUCCCUUUACAUAAAUUUGUAAGUAUUUGGACGGACGAGGGUAGAAUGAGAGAAUCUGGAGAGAAGGGGGAGAUCGGAGAGAAGAAAAGGAGAAGGGUGUAACUAAAUCCCUUGAUUGAAGACGCAAAUAAUGGUUUGGAGACGUUUUAAGGUGUAUUGUAUAUAUUUUGUAAACAAAACUUAUUUAUGCCGGGUAAUUAACUAAAUAUGAAUAUUUAUGGUAAUAGUUUCUAAUAGUGUAUAUGAAUAAAAAAAGGCCAUUCCGAAAAGAAUGAACAAGACGCAAGCCCAAUAAAUCUACAAGGCCGGGCUUAUAGGACCUCAAUUGGGUCCAGUUCUUUUAGUCCAAAGCAAAACUUGGCCAAACAGUCCACAUCUCCCAUCGAAUUCAACCAGAAUUUUCAAAAGAAGCCAUUGAAUCACAUGGCUUCUUCGGCUACGAAUGACAAGCCACUUGAUGAAAUUUCUUCUUCAUCACUAAAUUGGAAAGAAAGGAUUCUUAUUCCGACUCUACUAGCAGGGGUGGCAGGUGGAGGAGCUGGUCUGGUAUCAAAGCAUCGGAAAGUUCAUGGCGUAGCUAACAUUUCUGCAACAUAUGCUACUAAUUUUGCUAUUGUUACUGCCUCUUAUUGCGGUGCUCGUGAGUUUGUAAGAGUUAGUAGAACUGGAAGGCCUGAUGAUUUGCUAAAUUCAGCAAUAGGAGGUUUUGGCAGUGGCGCUAUUCUUGGACGCCUUCAAGGUGGUCAAUUUGGUGCUGUUCGUUAUUCAGUCAUUUUUGCAGUUGCUGGAACGACAGUUGAUUAUGCUACCAUCAAAAUAGAACCAGCCUUGAGAAGCUUCUAUGACUCUAUUGUCAAUAGGAAAGAUGAUUGGUUAAAAUUGCCUGAGUGGUCGCCAAUCAAAGUGCUUGAUGAGGAAGCUCUUGCAGCAAAACGUGCUCGGGAAGAGCAACUAUACAGAAGUGUCCACAAUCUGAACAAGGAGGAGUCCGGAUAUUUAAGUACCUUUUUGCAAGAGGCGCCACCAAAAGUUGAGAAGGAAAAGGCCUGCUUCCACUUCCAUGCCCUUCAGGUUUAAGACGAGCAGAAAAUUCAAGCAUUUGCCGGGUAUUCAACAUUUCAUGUGCCUCCUGAAUCUCACUGUGGUAAAGGGGUGAAACUUCGAAUUCGCGUGUCCUGCAUAUUUACUAAUGCUAUGGAUAUGGCGAUAAUUCUUCUUUUAUACCAUAAUUUCUUGAGUAAAUACCUUAAAACUCGCCUAAACUAUCACCCUUUUGCUAGUU